AUGGAGUCGUCGCUUCUUCCGAAAUCUGAAAUGAGGAUGAUCUUCUUAUUACUCAUCCUAGUCGGCUUAAGCUUGGAAGAGGUUUCUGCUUCCGUCGACAUUCAUGAAACUGGUGGAACUUCAAUCUCAGGGAUGUCCGUAACAUGCUUCGAUAAAAUGGAGAACUGUUUGGAAGCAUGUUAUAUGAGUUGUUAUUAUGCUGAUAGUUGCAAUGAUUCGUCAUCUCCUGCGAUAGCUUGCGCACCUGGAUUGAGAACGAUGAUUGUUCUGACCCUCUUAUGUGUUCUGCCGAUAUGUUGCUGUUGUUGUAUAAUCUGUUUCUGUACUCCUUGCUGUUGCUGUGCCGUUUGGUUGAAGAAGCGUCGAACAGCCAGAAAUAGGAGAGCAGCUGAGAGAGCUGAACUCACACCUUAUCCUUCAGCUCCCCCACUUCUUCCCAAAGUUUAG